AAUCAUUGUCCAGGGUUCAUACUCCGGUCCUCCAAUUAUCAAGCAUCCAGAAUCCUGGCUUGCAGCUCGGAUGGGCCUUCUUCCAUAGGCAAUGUCGAGAUCACAAGGAUUGUCGCUCUAGGGAACCUAUAGGAUUGUUGCUCAGCACCGAAGAUACGAGAUAAGUGGAGGACAUCACUUGAAUCAUGGAACAACUAAUCCAUCAAAGGGCGUAUCAGUUACGCCAUAUGGGUAAAUAAUCCGUGACUCAAUUCAAAUAACUUGCCCUCUUUGUUCUGGAUAUAAAAGCCGCCUUGUAACACUCAAGUGUGUUUCCCAGAGUGCCUAUUACCAAUAAACACCGAAAAUGGGGAAGACACUCGUUUAUCCCAAGAAGGAGUCAAACACCGCCAACCGGUACAAGCACAGAGCUACCUAUGACCUCGGUGCGAUCCAUUCCAUCAUAAACUCCAGCCAGGUCCUCCAUGUAUCUUUCAACCCGGGCCCCUCUGACCCAUUUCCCGCGAUCUUGCCAAUGAUUGGGCAGAUGGCAUCCUUCGACUACCCCUCAGCCGGCAUCGGUGAGCCUUUGGACUGCUACCUUCAUGGCUAUGUCAGUUCACGGAUCAUGAACUUGGCACGGGCAUCCGAUGGCGAUGGACUGCCAAUCUGUGUGGCUGCUAGCAAAGUGGACGGAUUGAUCUUAUCUCUCACGCCAAACUCUCAUAGUUACAACUAUCGCUCUGCCAUUCUCCAUGGCUAUGCGAAACUUGUCACUGAUGAAGCUGAGAAGCUUUGGGCCAUGGAGCUUAUCACCAAUUCGGUGCUUUCGGAUCGUUGGAAGCACUCUCGGGUUCCACCCGACAAUGCUGAGAUGUCCUCUACCGUUAUUCUCAAGGUUAAAGUUGUCGAUGGUAGCGGAAAGAUUCGCGACGGUGGUGUUUCGGAUGAGAGAAAGGAUACGGAUAAUGCAGAAGUCACAGACCGCGUUUGGACCGGGGUCGUACCCGUAUGGGAGACAUUCGGGCAACCGGUACCGAGCUCCUCGAACAAAAUUGAAGGAGUACCGGAGUAUGUAACCUCGUACAUCUCGAGCAUGAACGCGCAGAACCGAGACUAUGCAGAGUCUGCGGUGGGAAUUCCUCUUCCUAAGGAAGAACAACAUUAGGAAUAGAUGUAAUAGGAGAUAACGACCUUAGUACCAAUUGAUUGAAAUGAUUGUCUUUACUUAAGAACAUUUUUU